AUGGCUUCGACUGAAAGGGAGACGCUGUCCCAGGAUGAGCUCCGGAAAAGGCUCUAUCAGACUUUUAAGAACCGAGGGGUGCUGGACACGCUGAAGACGCAGCUCCGAAACCAGCUCAUUCGUGAACUAAUGCACCCAAUUUUGAGUGGAGAACUUCAGCCACAGGCUGUUCCCAGUGAAGACAGUUCACUUUUGAGCACAGCUUCCAACAGUUUGGUGGCAGAUCAUCUACAGAGAAGUGGCUACGAGUAUUCACUUUCUGUUUUCUUUUCAGAAAGUGGAUUAGAGAAGAAGAAGCUGUGGACUAUGCAAGAUCUUCUUCAAUUAAUGAGGAUCAAUCCAAAAUCCAGUCUUUAUAAAUCACUGACUUCAGGAACUCAGAAAGAAAAUAAAGGUUUUCUUAUGCAGAUUUUAAUCGGACUUACAGAGCAUCAUCUAAGUAAGGAAACUCAGGACACAGAAACUCAAACAAUCUCGGUGCCACCUUACAGAGAAUCUCUUGCUGAGAAGCUUCAGCUGAUUGAUGAACAGUUCGCAGACUUUUAUCCCCAGCAAUACCAAUCUUUAGAAGUAAAACUUUGUGAAUAUAGAAAAGAAAUAGAGAAGCAGCUUCAAGCAGAAAUGAGUCAAAAGCUAGAACAUUUUAAAGAAGUUGAAAUAGCAAAGAUUAAAAUGGAGGAGAAAGCACAAACCCAGAAAGAAAUCUCUGAACUGCGUCAUGAGUUAGAGAAGACACAUCAAGCAAAGUCUGAAGCCUUGAUUUCUCGUGAAAAGAAUGCUAUUGAGAGGCUUCAAAAGCAACAAGAGAUAGAGGCAAAGGAAAUAUAUGCUCAGAGACAAAAUCUCCUGAAAGAUAUUGAAGUCAUAAGGACCAGAGAGGCGGAACUGAAGCAAAGAAUUGAGGCAUUUGAAGUCACUCAGAAACUUCAGGAAGAGAAAAAUAAAGCUGUUGAUGAUGCGCUUCGACGUCGGGAAGUUGCUGUGAAGAACACAGAGGAGACAUAUGACCAAAUGUUGAAGACAGAACUCUUAAAAUACCAGCUUGAAUUAAAAGAAGAAUACAUAGCCAGAACCAAUAAAGUUACUGAAGAUGAGAAAAAAAAUAAAGAGAAAGCUAUGCUUUUGCAUGAAGAAGCUAUUGCUGUUAAUUCGAAAAAGGAGGAACUCAAGCAAGCCAUAUCACGCACGAAGGAGCUUGAGCUGGAUUUGGAGUCAGUGAAGGCCCAGGUUCUGUUGGUGAAUAAACAGAAUCAAUCAUUGACAGAAAAACUGAAAGAGGUAUCAGACUAUCCUUUGCUAAAGGAGGAGAAAUUGGAGCUCCAAGUGCAGAAUAAACUACUUAGGCAACAGUUGGAUGAGACUCGCAGUGAGAACCAGCAUCUUCGAGACAAGCUGUCCCAGCCCUCAGCAGAGCACCUGGCCUGCCAAGUGGAGCUGAGAAGAGUGGAACAUUGUAGGAAGCUGGCACUGGAUGAAUUUGAAAGUCAUAGGCAGAUUUUGGAAAAGCAACUACAAAGUGAGGUUGAGCGUUGUGCCCAGUUGAAGACCCAGCUGUUGGACUCCGAAGCUACUGUCAGGAAGUUGAAUGUGCAGGUUGAAGAACUGAAACUGCGGCUGAAACAAACACAGGCAGCACUGGAAAAUGAAAUCUAUCGGAAUCCAAAGCCUUCACUUGUCGAUCGCUCUGUCCUUGACUUCACCAGUGACCGAAUCGUACCUCACGAUGUUUACGUGGAUAGCGCGUUCCUCAAGAAUCUGGUUAUGGCCGAUGUGAUGAAGGUGAAUGCUAUGCCAAGGGUUGGCUGUCGUCAGCAGCUACAGCCACGCACUGCUUCUCCGGAUUCUGACCUGGAGUGCGUGGCGCUAACCCGUGCUAGAAUAAAGGAGCUGGAACAAGAGGCAGAGUAUUUGGAAGAAGCCUACAGGAGCUAUCAACACAGAAUCAUGCAGGACAUGGCCACAAGCAAAACACCGAGGAAGACACAGUCUCCUUUACUUCUUCAGUGUGCUGGUAGUAGACUCCCCCUGACUACCCAGCAUGAACUUCUAGAGGAUAAUCCCAGCUCCCAGCAUUCCCCCCUGAGCAGUCCAAGAGGUGAAAAAUAUGGCAAAACAACUGGGCAGGUUGAUGCCUUUCAAAAUCCCUUAACUCCGCCACUGCUCAGAGGAGCACCUUCAAGACGCCUUUCUUCUACUCCUGUUUCCAAACUGGAAAGAGAGCUCAGUAACAAGAAGAUUUCAGAUGACAACAGUGGCUCGUACCUUGCCUCUUCACAGCAGAGUGUUGACCAGGUGCUUUCUCCUAUUUCAAAGCCACAUCCACUUUCAUCUUCUGAAUCUGUUCCUUCUUCACCAUCCAGCGCUGGCCAGAAAAUCAGGUAACAUUGUUUGCAAAGCAAUGUUUUUAACCUGCUUUGA